AUGCCGUUUCUACCGGCCAUCGCUUCACCGUCUCUCGGCCAUCCCUCUGUCCACCCAAUCCACAAGAGGUUGGAACAGGCGGCAGCACAUGGCUUUAAGCUCAUUGAGAUUGUCGAAGCCGACCUGGAUACAGUCAAGGCAGCCGAGUAUGUCAAGAAAUUAUGCGACAAAUUCGGCAUAAAAGCGUUUGUUUUCCAGCCUUUCUGGUUCUAUGAAGGCCUAGUCGACCGCAAAGAGCACGAGGCAAAGAUCAAGAAACUGAGACUGUGGAUGAUAUUGGUCAAGAUCCUUGAUGUAAACUUGGUGCAGGUCCCCACGAAUUGGUUGUUAGAAGGCACAACAGGCGAUAUGGAGAUCAUUGUCAAGGACUUUGUGGAAAUGGCUGAAAUAGGCCUGGAGCAGGACCCCAUCGUGUCAUUCGCUUACGAAGGCGUGGCUUGGGGUACACACAUCGAUACCUGGCAGGGCACUUGGGAGGUCGUCAAGCGUGUCAACAGACGUAAUUUCGGACUCUGUCUCGACAGCUUCCACAUCGCUGCGCGAGUAUGGGGAGACCCAACCGCAAGCGACGGGAAGAACCUAGACGGCGAAGCAAAGCUCAAACGAUCGAUGGAACAGCUGGUUGCAGAAGUGGAUGUGCAGAAGGUAUUUUAUGUCCAAAUUGGGGAUGCUGAGAGGCUGGACCAGCCGCUUGAUGUUGGACAUCCAUUCUAUUCCGAAACACAGCUCGCACGUAUGAGCUGGUCGAGAAAUGCGAGGAUUUUCGCAUUCGAGGAGCACGAAAAUGGAUGCUUGCCCAUCGAACCCAUCCUCAAGGCGAUCGUACAAGGAUUGAAGUUCGAAGGUUACCUCAGCGUGGAGAUAUUUUCACGGAAAUUGUUCGACAAGGAUCCGGCCGUACCAGGCCAAUAUGCUGCCAGAGGAAUGAAAAGUUGGGAGAAGAUAAUGCAAAAGAUAAAAGACUAG